GACAAAUUAUUAAGCAGAACCAAUUAGUAUGGGUUGGCGAUAGAAGUUCGUUAAUCCGGAGAACUUUAUUUAUGGCUAUCUCUGAUUAAACAAAUUAAAACAUUUUAAUUAAACAAAAAGAGACUUUAUUUAAACUUUUCAUUGGGAAUAAAAGUGUAUUGUGUGUGUAAAACAAAUGUGUAAAAGAAAUGAUGUAAUGAUGUUACAAGAUGGAUGAUCAUAAAAUGAUACCAGUCAUUUUUGAAAUCAUUCGUGAUGAUAAUUUCGAAAUAAUGAAUGCCAGUUGUUUGAAAUUUUCGUAUCUUCCUCUUUCAACCAUCCCUUCAAAACAUCCAAAAUCAAAAAAUAAAAGAAAUUCAAAGUCUAGACUUUUCAUACUUCUGUUUUGAGAUAAUUGUGGCAUCGCUUUAAGAACAUCUUCUGGAAAUUUAAUCGAAGAAAGACGUUGAUCCCAAAUACUCAAUUGUGUUUUGUUUAAUUUCGAUGCUUUUAAUUCAUUUUUUUCUUCACUUGUCAUUGCUUGAAACCAUCUUUUUGUAACCAAAUCAUCAUCUAUCCAGCGAUUGAUGAUACUUUUCACCGUGCCCAAAUAUUGGGAGUGCAUUGCUUCCGGUCAACAGAUGAUUGACAUGUCUAGGUAUGCUAAUCUCAUAAGCUGACAAUUUCAUUUGAUGCCCAUAGUUGGCUUUCCUCGAUUAUUGCUGGCAAUGGUUUCGCCAGCUUAUAUUUGUCCGAAGUUCAAAAUAAAGCCAGUUAUUACAAUGAAAACAACCAACAAGGUAUAAAGUGGAAACAUGUGCAAAAGAUCAGACCAAGUUAUCUUGUGUUUGCAUGCAUGCCGAACGUAUACGUUGAAAUGUUACGAAAUUUAAAAAUUCACAAUAAAACCGUUAUCAAAACAAUUGAAUUAAUACAAAAAUGUUCAUUCGAAUCAUCAGCUUCAACGAUAUUUGCAUUAUCUACAAAUAUUAGAAAUUCUGGCAGUGCUAUUGCUGUCAUACGAGUAUCUGGUGAUGAGACAUUAAAUGUGAUCGAUUCAAUUACCAAUGGUAAAGCCAAUCAUAUACGUGCUAAACCUCGUCAAGCUUGUCUCAAUGAUUAUGUUGAUCCGAAUACCAAUGAACUAAUUGAUAAAGGAAUGACAUUAUGGUUUCCACGGCCAAAAAGUUAUACCGGUGAAGAUCUUUGUGAAUUUCAUAUACAUGGAUCAAUGGCUGUCAUAAGUAAAAUGCUUACAGUCAUUGGCAAUAUUCGUGGCUGUCGUUCAGCAAAAGAAGGUGAAUUUACUCGCCGUGCUUUGAUGAAUGGAAAACUACAACUAAUACAAGCGGAAGGUAUUCGUGAUCUAAUUAAUGCACGUACAGAAAAUCAACGACGACGUGCACUUAGUGGCCUGUCCGGAAUGUUACAUUUGAAAUUUAAUCAAUGGCGUGAACAAAUAAUUAAAUUAAUGGCUCAUAUGGAAGCGUUUAUUGAUUUCGGCGAAGAGGAAAUGAUCGGCGAUGAUGUAAUGAAAGAAUUGAAUGUAAAUAUCUGUAAUUUAAAAAAAGAAAUCGAUCAACAUGUUGCCAAUACUAAAUUGAAAAGUGAUUUCAUCAAAGAUGGAUUACAUGUGGCCAUCAUUGGUCAGGCUAAUGUUGGCAAAAGUAGUCUCAUCAAUAAAUUAACCGAAAAAGAUGUUUCAAUAAUCUCGCCAAUUAGUGGAACCACUAGAGAUGUGGUUGAAACAUGGAUGGAUAUUGAUGGAAAUUGUGUUUGUAUAGCUGAUACGGCCGGUAUAAAAGAUGCUGAUCAUUCUAAUGUUGAUCCAAUCGAACGACAAGGAAUUCAGAAAGCCAUUCAAAGAGCCAAAGAAUGUCAUCUAAUUAUUAUGGUAGUGGAUGCUGACCAAGUUUAUCGUCAUAAAAAAUUAAUUAUAAGUGAUCAUUUGAAGAAAAUUAUUGAAAAGAAAUCUGAAUCGGAAUUAUUAUUUCUGGUAAACAAAAUAGAUCUGGUAGCCAAUAGUGAUAAACGUCAAGAAUUGGCAUCAAUUUUGGCCAAAAAUCAAAUGUCAAAGCCAAUCUAUGUGAGUUGUAUAAACAGCGAAGGAUUCGAUGAUUUUAUUCAACAAUUCAAACAAAAAAUUGAACAUAAUGUCGGCACGAAUGAAGAUUUGAUUGCAUUCAGCAAUGAAAGACAUGUAAUGCAUUUAACAGAAACAUCUAAAGAAUUGGCAAUAACAAUGAAAAAUCUUGAUAAAGAUUUGGCCAUCUCAUCAUUUCAUAUUCGUCAAGCAUCAUAUCAUAUUGGAUGUUUGACUGGUGAUAUUACCACUGAACAUGUACUCGAUGUAUUAUUCAAGGAUUUUUGUAUUGGAAAAUAAUUUUAUUGGCUUGUAUAUAUUAAUAAAAAUACAAUUGAUUGAUUGAUAUUUACAGAAAAUAUUCGUGUUAAAAACUGAAAGACUGA